AGUCUGGCUCCAGGAACAGCUCCUCCUUCUCCACCACUGCCGCUGCCUUAGUUGCCUCUUCCCGAGCGCGCUGCUAAGUUUUUCUUCCGAGAACACCACAUUUUGAUAGAAACCAUGGCGUGGCUCAUUACAGUCUUCUUGUUUUUCACGGCAGCUGCAGCACUACGUACACUCAAGGACAAUGAAAAGCAAGUGCCUGGAGAGGUAAUGUACACCAAUGAAGCAAAGCAGGCAAAUCCCGAGUCCUUCGUCUUCUAUAACAAGGAAACGAAGCAAGCAAAUAAGGAAGAAAAGCAAGCAAAUCCUGAGUCCUUCGUCUUCUAUAACAAGGAAGUGAAGCAGGCAAAUCCCGAGGCCUUCGUCUUCUAUAACAAGGAAGUGAAGCAGGCAAAUCCCGAGGCCUUCGUCUUCUAUAACAAGGAAGUAAAGCAGGCAAAUCCCGAGUCCUUCGUCUUCUAUAACAAGGAAGCCAAGCAGGCAAAUCCCGAGUCCUUCGUCUUCUAUAACAAGGAAGCGAAGCAAGCAAAUAAGGAAGAAAAGCAAGCAAAUCCUGAGUCCUUCGUCUUCUAUAACAAGGAAGUGAAGCAGAAGCGGGCAAAUCCCGAGGCCUUCGUCUUCUAUAACAAGGAAGUGAAGCAGGCUAAUCCCGAGGCCUUCGUCUUCUAUAACAAGGAAGUGAAGCAGGCAAAUCCUGAGUCCUUUGUCUUUUAUAACAAGGAAGCGAAGCAGGCAAAUCCCGAGGCCUUCGUCUUCUAUAACAAGGAAGUGAAGCAAGCAAAUAGGGAAGAAAAGCAAGCAAAUCCUGAGUCCUUCGUCUUCUAUAACAAGGAAGUAAAGCAGGCUAAUCCCGAGGCCUUUGUCUUCUAUAACAAGGAAGUGAAGCAGGCAAAUCCAGAGUCCUUCGUCUUCUAUAACAAGGAAGCGAAGCAGGCAAAUCCCGAGUCCGUCCUGGAAAGUGAAGUUUGACUAAGAAAAUCCUUUAUGGAUCUCUUAUUAUAUAGCUGAUACUUUGCAAAGCUCUACUGUAUUGAGAUAAUAAAAAUAUGAAGUUUAAAGUA